AUUGUCAUUCAGUGUAACGGAUGCCUUCUGCUGACUGUAACUGUAAAAAACAUGACUCUUUUUAUUUAUUUAUUGUUACAGGGAAUUCAUGAAAGCCCCGGCUGUCAUCCAUCCACUUGAAACAAUUUAAAAAUCAUGUUCUUUUGCAGUUACAGUCGGCGGAAGGUGUCCGUAACACUGAAUGACAAAGACGUCUUUGACCCACUGGUAUUUUCACUGUGUGUACUUUAGGACCAGCAUGAGGUCCAUGAAGCGGCGUGUGAAGAAGCUGGAUAUGGUGACAUGGCUGCUGUUCCUCAUGGUGGUGAUCCUCUUCGUCCAGAUGACCCGCGUCUACAGCUCCAUGCCUCUCAUCCCCAGCCUCCCAUGGUCACGUGACACGGACGACUUCCAGGAUAGGCUGGAAGCCAUCCUCCACAGACCCACCUGGAUGCCCGAGAGCUGGGACAAGCAACAUCCCGACCUGGAACGGUACUGGAGGGAGGAAAGGUUAAGGCGGCAGGUGCGCAAGAGGCUGAGAGGGACGUCGUUGGGGCUCACCCGCAGCGAGAUACGAACCAGGUUUGCGAAGCGCGUCCUGGAUCGCCUCCGGAAGGGGGACAUGUCCAACGAACGGAUGCUCAGCCUCCUCGUGCGCGGGCAGAUUCAGCACUACUCUUUGGAGAACAAGUUCAACGUGGUCUCCAAGAGGCAGCGUGAGACAAGCAGGUCCAGCAGGGAGGAGCUGCUGUGCCAGCUGAAGAGGCAGGUGGGGAGAUGGACCCUCAGCGGGACGGAGGAGCCUUUCUCCGGCCUGGGCUGGGCCAAGCUGGUGCCCAACGCCACUGUGGAGCAGCUCUACGGGGAGCGUCUGAAAACGUGUGCCGUGGUCUCCUCAGCUGCCUCCAUCAUCAACUCCGGUCUGGGAAAGGAGAUAGACUCCCAUGAUGCAGUGCUGCGCUAUAAUGCUGCUCCGACAGAGGGCUAUGAAGAGGACGUGGGCACCAAAACCACCAUCCGUGUCAUUAAUUCCCAGAUUCUUGGCAGUCCGAGAUUUAAUUUUAGUCGCAGUGAACUCUACAAAAACGUCACCCUGCUAGCAUGGGACCCUGGACCAUAUAAUGGAGACCUGCACAGGUGGUACCAGGAGCCGGAUUUCGACCUGUUCAGUGCGUACGUGGAGCGCAGGCGUCGUAAGCCCAGCCAGCCCUUCUACAUCCUGCACCCCAGCUACCUGUGGAGGCUCUGGGAUGUCAUUCAGGGAAACACCAAGGAGGACAUCCAGCCCAACCCCCCCUCCUCUGGCUUCACAGGCAUCAUGGUGAUGAUGGCCCUGUGCGAGCAGGUGGACGUGUACGAGUUCAUCCCGUCCCGCCGCCAGACGGACCUCUGCCACUACUACGACUACCUGGAGAACCGGGCCUGCACGCUGGGGGCCUACCACCCGCUGCUCUUCGAGAAGGCCCUGGUGCGACGCCUCACCCACAGCACCGAGAGGGACAUCGGGGUCAAGGGGCGGCUCAGCCUGCCGGGUUUCAGGACCAUCCAGUGUGACACGUGACCUACUGUACGUACAUGACCCAGUGCUUAAUUUGAGGGGGAGCAAGGGGGAGCUAGCUCCGGAACCUCAGACGAGAGCUCCGGAACCUUGGAUGGAACCUCAUGGAAAGACAUCACAGACCCCCCCCCUCGGGGGGAGCCACCCAUCCUCUGCGCUCCGGGACCUCCCGCUUGACAAAUUAAGAACUGACAUGACCUGUCAUGGCCAGUGUGGUGGUGUCUAUGAUGUAGGCACCCCAUAGAGUUCAGGAUUAUCCAUUGUGACACGUGACCUACCUAUGGCCUUGUCUAUGAAAUAUGCACUUCAUAGGGUAGGAGAGGCCGCACUACAGUAUUUAGGGAUGAAGGGCUGCCUCACUCUGCCAGGCUUCAGGACCAUCCAAUGCAAGACGUGACCUAUGGUCUUGUCUAUGAAGCAUGGACUUCAUAGGUUUACAGGGUAAAAGUUACAUUGUGUGACUUACAGUGUGUGACUUACAGUGACCUAGGGUGUAGCUGUGUCUAUCAAGUCGACACUUCGCAAGAAGCGAGUGAUAUAGUCAUGACAUACUGUACUGCCAGGGUCGGAUUAAGAUGGCCCGGGGCCCCUAGGCUACAGGCUGCUGUGGGGCCCCCCAGAAGCCAAAUUUCGUAUGUAGACAGUGUCAUAAUUACGAG